AUGACUCUGGAGCUGGUUUCGGCAAAAUACAACGAGCAGCCGGCCACAAAGCAGCUGUGGCAGGAGUCGUCUGCGCCGCCGGUGGUGUUUAGCAGGGACGAGAUUCUGAGCCUUUACGACUUUGAGAGUGACGAAAAGACCUUUGUGGCGUCGCAGUCGGACGACGAGGACCUGGUGGUGACGCUGUCGCAGGUGAUCCGGCCCGAGGAGCGAUCGGUGCCGUGCACGCCGGAGGAGGACUACGGGGAUUGCGAGGUUUCGUGGACGACAUACGAGUCGCACGCGUCUGCGUCGCGGAAAAUCCAGCAGCGGCGACAAGUCUAUGAAGUGCUGGACGAAGAGCCGGAGGUUUCUGGCACGCACCAGGACCCGAUCGAGCUGUCGAGCGAGACCGACGCGGAACAGGCGUGCGACGCGUCGAUUGUGGUGGUGGAGAGUUCGCCGGUGGGGGAGGGGACCUUCAAACUCGACGAAUUGGACGCACUGCAGCCAAUGCGGGCAACGGCUACAGAGCAGGAGGUGCCGGACUCAGAUCCGGAGCCACCAGAGCUAUUGGCAGAGCAGCAGGCUCCCCUGACUGCGGCAGAGCUGGACUUUGGCAGCUUCACCACCGCCCAGCUUAAACUGCAGAUCCAGGCAUGGGGACUCAAGCCGGCCAAAUCGCGGAAGCAGAUGGUGGACAUAUUAACAUCGUCGUUGCGGCUGAUCGACCGUCGACAGCUGCUGCGGCAGAAAGAAGGCGUGUUGCAACUCAGCCAGGCGGACCUGGACAGAAACUACACAGAGCACGUGCGUAUGGAAGAAACGUUUCGCGAGGUGCGCAGCGUUAUGUUCUCGCACAUCCGCAGGCUAUUGAAAGAAGAGAAGACGUUGUACAGGGACAUUUUGCUAUUGAGGCCUAUUAAUUUCAGCGACGUGAUGGCGCUGCUGGACGCAAAGGGGGUGCAGCUGGAGCCCUUCACUGUGCGGGCGUGUCUGGACGAGAUGGGGGUCUCGUUUGUGGUGCGAGACAACGAUACGGCGAACGAGACGGCCGAGGAAACAGAGGACUAG